CUGUUUGAUGUGGCUUCGUGGUGCCGCUUGGGUGUGUGACGUUGUCACAGAGAUAGGGGUGGGCCUUGUGGCCACUGUUUCUUUAUGGUACUCGUCGAUGGGUGUGCGAACGCCUGGGAACUCGUUUCCCGGAACUCGACCUGAACGCUGGUCACCAUUUUUUGUUGCUCCAAGUCGUACAACUUGUAUGCUUUCUGGGCCUCAGCGUAGCCCAUCAUGACGCAUUUGAUGGCCUUGGGCGAUGCAUCCAAACACGCGAAGUUUGUCCAGGCGGGCACGGUGUCCCGUGAAGGCCUCGAUCGGGGUGGUAGUGGCCGCUGAGCCGUGCGUGGGGCACCCUGUUCUGGAUGAACACUGCGGUGUUCACCGCCUCUGCCCACCAUCGCUUGGCGAGGCCGGCAUGGGACAUCAUUGCCAUUGCCAUUUCCAUGAUGGAACGGUCUUCAGUGUCUCGUUGAAGUCUUGGGACGAAUCCUCCGGCCCGCCGUCAGAUCGGAAGAUCUUGAUCUUGCGGCCGGUCUGGACCUCCGACCAAGACUUCAACUUGGUGAAGUUUUCCUGUUGACUGGCAGAGUCCGUUGACUUGACGAACCUGACGACCUUCAUGCCUGAUCCGACAUCGAGGGCCCUUCGUGUCGGACACCCAACACUCCCCUGGGAGGAACGACCGUGUGCGUUCCUUGGGAGUCCCUUCGGUGAACCGAGUCCCAUUGCGCCGCGAUCGAUUCACUGCUGCGGUGGCGAUGGUAUACUUGGGGGUGUCAGUUGCGAAGUUGCAUUCCUCAGUUGUCGUGGCGAGGUCCAAGACGUAGACCUUUCGGUUAGGUCGACUGUCGCCAUUGCGACUGUGUUGGUGCCGUGCAUGAUACUGCAUCCAUGAGCAUCGAGUGUGACAGCGAACUUCGGGUCGCGCCGCAUCAUGGCAGAGACCGACAGGAGAGUUGACGGCAUUGCGUCAAUUA